UAAGCCUGGGCUCGGCAACAAACUUUCAUUUAAACAACCAACCCCUUGCAAUCCACCGAGUGCACACACACACACACGGGAGGGAGAGGGUGUGUGUUUAUGUGAGCGAGAAAGAGUGGGAGACCAAAUCCAAGAGGCAAAAGGAGACAGAAACAGCAAGACAAAGAGCGAGAGACAGAGCCAACGGUUUGAGUGAUUUUGACGGGCAGCUAAGGGCCUACAGUGAAGAAAUUACAAGGACCGAGUCGCUGAGUAAUGGAAGUUGACUGACGGGACAACAAACUAGUCCACCUGUUCGGCACUGGGGGCUAUUGUUGGAAGAUUGAUCACUGGAUGUGACUUUUAGAGGACCUUACUCCACUUUGAACUUUUGAUACACUGGACAACUUGGUGAUUGAAGACAGCAAGCAACAGAAAAGCGAGAUUUCGGAGGACAUACGCUACAGCUUUGAGUAAGACCAGGAGCAAAUUCUUAACCUCUAAAACAUUUUAAAACACAAUAAAAACAACGGAUACCAGCGUAAUAUGAUUUACAGAAAUUAUAUUCUGUGUUUUCUAGACUGUGCAGCCAAGUAGAGAUAUUACUUUAAACAAAGAAUCUACAAAGAGUCUAAAUAAAUAUCCUUUACUAUUACAAGCUACUGUAACGUCUACAUAACAGUGUAUAAAUGUGACUUGAUCUUUAGCGCACUGUAAUUACAAAGCAAGCUAAAGGAAGAAUUAUAGACAUUUGUAAUUAGGGACCAGCUAUAAAAAGGCAACCAAGGAAAGGGUGAGGUCUGUGAGUCGGCCACAAGGACACCGAGACAGAGAACAGGACGUCACCAAGAAAAACAGCUGCUCCUGGGAGACAACCCGCACCAUGGAUUCUCAUGGAGGACACUACCUCAACAAAGACGCUGUGCUGUCACCUUUAGGUGCAGCCCGAAUGUGCCAGAUGUUACUCGGCUGCACCAUAAUGGCCCUUGUGUCCCACGGCGCGGGCUACAGCGCCACCUAUGGGAUCUUCUGCAUGUUCGUGUGGUGCUUCUGCUUCGCGGUCACGCUGGUUGUGUUCACCUUGGACAUCACGCGGCUCCACGCGUGCAUGCCCAUUUCCUGGGAUAACUUCACCGUGGCCUUUGCCAUGCUGGCGACGCUCAUGUACAUCACAGCCUCCGUGGUCUACCCGGUUUACUUCCUCCAGACGGAGUGCCCCGACGAGGACUGUGAAGCCCAAAUCUACCAGAUCGCUGUCACCGUCUGCUCCAGCCUCUGCUGCUUCCCCUACGGCGCUGAGGUGUUCCUGACUCGAGCCAAGCCGGGGGCCGUGGUGGGCUACAUGGCCACUGUGUCUGGUCUACUCAAGGUAGUCCAGGGUUUUGUGGCCUGCAUUAUUUUCGGGGCCCUGGCUAAUGACAGCGAGUACACCCUCUACAUUGCCACCCAGUACUGUGUGGUGGUGUACAGCCUGUGCUUCUCCGUCACCGUGGUAGUGGUCGUACUGACAGUUUCCGGUAGGACCUCUGCCCUGCGGUUCCCCUUCGAUCGCUUCGUGGUUGUCUACACCUUCUUCGCUGUGAUCCUCUACCUCAGUACCGCACUGAUCUGGCCCAUCUUCAGCUUUGACAGAAAGUACGGCGCCACUACUCGCCCCGAGGGCUGCCCACGCGGAGAAUGUCCCUGGGACAGCAAGCUGGUGGUGGCAGUGUUCACCAACGUCAACAUGAUCCUAUAUUUUGUAGACCUUGUUUACUCCCAGAGGAUUCGCUUUGUCUCCAGCUCGGCUGUCUGAAAAACUCUCCUUCCCUAAAGACUGUUUGUUUAGACUCAAAGACAAAUAAAGAAACUUUGAGGCCACAUCAUGCUCUCCACAGUCAGGAUCCAUAGAUUCAUGGCGUCGUAUCUAUGUGUGGCAUUUUUCUAUUAUCAGUAUUCAUCUAGACUGUCAGACAGUAUUACCCCUUUCUAAAAGGCUUUAGUUCUGCCGUGACCUACCAGGGAGAGACCGCCAGGUGCGCCGGUGAGCUGAUCUCAGCAACUUUGCCACAGAGGACCCUGGGAAAUACGUCCACCUCAGCACCAAACACAUCCCUCUGCUCCAGAUUCCUUUGGUGGUCGCAAACAGGAUGGACAUAUGGGACUGUGGGAUUUAGAAUAGCAAAACAGUGUUAUGUCAGUCAGAGUACAGAGGCUGAACACUUUAUUUAUGUAUUAAUAUAUGUAUUAAAAUGUAUGUAAACAGUAAAAUGGAUGAUGUAUCUCAUAGAGAUGGAUGGCAUAUGUUAAGUCUACAGUGUGCACUGAACAUAGCUUUUGGUUUCGGCUUUCUGGCCAUUUUGCUGUAUUUGUUUUCCAGAUUUUGUCCUCAUCUAUGUUAUGCCAAAAGUUGAAGUUCAUUAGGCUUUUCCUGUCAUCCACUGAAUGUUAAAUGUAUCUGAUACAUGCAUUUUUGAAGUCAAAACAGUAUAAAAUUGUAUUUUAUUUAGAAUAAGCACAAUUAUAUAGUAUAAUAUCUAUUCUUUUGCUAUAUUUCUGAUAUGUUCCAUGUUUAAUAAAAUAUCAAAUUGUUGGUC